AUGCCUGCGCCGAGGAAAUUCCUGGUGGCGUCCACGUCGCUGCCGCUGGCUCUGGGCUGGGGCUGGAACCUCAGCCUCUACGUGGGGAUGCUGGUGGGACUGCUGAUGCUCCUCAUCCUGCUGCUCUGGAUGCUCCUCAAGCAGCUCAGGAACUCUGUGGCCAAGUCCAUCCUGCAGCCUGCGUUCAGAGGCAGCGUCCGGCCGUACGUCAACUUCAACGCCAAGCACGACGCCGAGGUUCUCCACAGAGCCAUGAAGGGAAUCGGCACAGAUGAAGACGCCGUCCUCAUGCUGCUGACGGCGCGAAGCAACGACCAGCGCCAGCAGAUCAAAGCAGCCUACAAGAAGGCCUAUGGCAAGGAUUUGGUCAGUGCCUUGAAGUCUGAGCUGGGCGGCCUGUUUGAGAGUCUGAUCGUGGCCCUGAUGACUCCGCCGGUCCUCUACGACGCUUCACAGCUGCACAAAGCUCUCAAGGGCGCCGGCACUGACGACGACGUGCUGAUUGAGAUCCUGGCCUCCAGGAGCGACCAGCGGAUUAAAGAAAUCGUCAAAGUGUACAAGAAAGAGUUCGGCAGCAAGCUGGAGAAGGACGUGUGUGGCGACACCUCGGGGCACUACCAGAAGCUCCUGGUCAUCCUGCUGCAGGGGAGCAGAGAGGAGGCCGUCGACGAGGGGAAGAUCGAGAAGGACGCAAAGGACCUGUUCGCCGCCGGCGAGGCCAAGCUGGGCACCGACGAGGAGAAAUUCAUCAGCAUCCUGGGCAACAGGAGCGCCGAGCAUCUCAGGGAAGUGUUCGACGCCUACAAGAAGCUCUCGGGCUCGGACAUGGAGGACAGCAUCCGGGGAGAGACCACCGGGAACCUGGAGGACCUGCUGCUGGCCGUCGUGACAUGCGCCAGAAGCAGACCGCUCUUCUUUGCUGAGAGUCUCUACAGAUCUAUGAGGCGAGCGGGAACCGACGACGACACGCUGAUGAGGAUCAUGGUGUCGAGGAGCGAGGAGGACAUGCUGGACAUCCGGGACGCCUUCAAGAAGAAGUACGGAGCGUCUCUGUACACCACCAUCCAGGAGGACACGACCGGAGACUACCAGAAGGCCCUGCUCUACCUCUGUGGAGGGAAUGAUUAA